CCGGUUCCCAAGUUGCAUUGGCUCACUCGUUUCCCUGUAGCUUAAUUGUGUCGUCCAUUGAAAGGAAAUCGCUGGGCCAUCCCCCCCGCUCGCGCGCCUGUGCCGUGGAGCUCCCCCUUGCUGCGUGCAUCGUGAUCUAGUGGAUGCAGAGUCUUGCAGAGAGAUCGCAGGGUCACCUUCUGUCACUGCAAGGGGAAAUACUGAAUAAAUUACAGCAUAGGCUGUUUGGUAGUGGUGCACCUCAGCAGCUUCAGCAGCAUCUCUGGUAAUCUCCUGCAGGGGACCAACAGCUCUCUCUCAGGUUUAUGGAAACCUGACCUCCCAUUGGUGGAGAAGUGCAUGAGGAACCCAGCUCUGCUGCAGAGGACAGGUUUAGUCAUUAGAGUGCUUUGCCACAUCCAGGAAAAUGUCUGGCUCCUACGAUGAAUGUGCAGGUGCUGACGACACCAUGGACAGCUUCUGGGAGGUGGGGAACUACAAACGUGCUGUCAAGAGAUUUGAUGACGGCCAUCGGCUCUGCAAUGACCUUAUGGGCUGUCUGCAGGAACGUGCCAAGAUAGAAAAAUCCUAUGGUGAUCAGCUCACCGCAUGGUCCAAGAGAUGGAGACAGCUCAUUGAGAAAGGCCCACAGUACGGCUCUGUGGAGAGAGCCUGGCUGGCUGUCAUGACCGAGGCCGAGAAGGUGAGUGAGCUGCACCAAGACGUGAAGAACAACCUGGUGAACGAAGACGUAGAGAAAGUGAAGAACUGGCAGAAGGAAGCCUAUCACAAGCAAAUGAUCGGUGGCUUCAAAGAGGCCAAGGAGGCGGAGGAGGGCUUCAAAAAGGCUCAGAAACCGUGGGCCAAAAAGCUCAAGGAGAUGGAGGCAGCUAAGAAAUCCUACCACAUGGCCUGCAAGGAGGAGAAGCUGGCGGCAGCCCGAGAGGCCAACGGCAAGACUGAGGCUUCUGUCACAGUAGACCAGCAGAAGAAACUCCACGAGAAAGUGGACAAAUGCAAACAGGAUGUGCAAAAGGCUAAAGAGAAGUACGAGAAGUCUCUGGAGGAGCUGAAUAAGUGCACCCCGCAGUACAUGGAGUGCAUGGAGCAGGUGUUUGACCAGUGCCAGCAGCAUGAAGUCAAGAGGCUCACUUUCCUCAAGGAGGCCUUGCUGGACAUCAAACGCCAUCUUAACCUCACCGAGAACGCAAGCUAUGCCACAAUAUACAGAGAACUGGAGCGCACAAUCCUGGGUGCAAACACACAAGAGGACCUGAAGUGGUUCAGCAACAACCACGGCCCUGAGAUGCCUAUGAACUGGCCUGCAUUUGAGGAAUACAACCCAGACCAGGCCAGCGCUCCUCCAAAGAAGAAGAAACCAGAUGGAGCCCCACCCACUCCGAGCACAGACCAUGUGGCUCCACCUGGUGACCGUAGCAGUGUGAGCAGCUAUGAAAAAAACCAAGGUUUCUCGACUGAGUGGUCCGACGAUGAGCAGCCCACUGCGAACUCUGGCAACGAAAAUGGUGGGAACGGGAAUUCUUUUGAAGAUGAUGUCAGCACUACUGGGAAAUCGGUCCGCGUGCGCGCUCUCUAUGAUUAUGAAGGCCAGGAACAGGAUGAGCUCACCUUCAAAGCAGGUGAUGAACUGACCAAGACUGAGGACGAAGAUGAGCAAGGCUGGUGUAGAGGUCGCUUGGACACCGGCCGAGAGGGACUAUACCCGGCCAAUUAUGUCGAGCCAAUCUAGUCCCGUUAUUGGACAUGGACACGCCAUUGGAGGCAGCUCGAACUGUCCCGUCCAAUUGCACCGCACAUAGCCAGAGACUUAAGAGCAACACAUCCCUUGCCCAACAGAUGCGCCAAGCAGUCUUGAUAAAAACUUAGUAACCUAAAAGACAAUAUAUCAGUAUUAUAUAUUUUAUCCAGCAUUUGUGGUGGGUGGACCCACACAUUUAAAAACAGGAGCAGCAGUUGUUCCAGUAUAUACACACUCAACUAUAACAUCAAGACAGACAGUGCAGGAACACAUUGCUUCUAAGUGUAGCUGUAUUUAAUGUAUAAUGCAGCUUAUUUAAACUUGCAGUACACUGCAGUCUGUUCUUAUGUGAGAAUGGGAAGAUAAUAGAAACCGUUGUACCCAUUCGACAAAGACAAGCUUCUCUAACCUGCAUUGUGUAUAUACAGUGUAAUGCCAUCUUUGUGUAGCAUUUUUAAUGCUGUGUGUGGUCAGUCAUCAUUCUUACAUCCGGAAUGCUGUGUAGUGUAAAAAGUACCACAAACAGUAUCCUCUAUUUUUUGUUUUUCUUUUGUGAUUUGGUCCAACCUCCUUUCCAGUGUAUGCAGUGCUAUGUGUGAUUUAACUGUUUCUGAACUUGCAUAGCAGCAUGUGCUAUGCAAAAAAAAAAAAAAAAAACUUGCAUUCCCUGAAUCCUGCAGCCUCAUUUAGGCUGCAACUUGAUGCAACACUUCAACUGCGAAUGCAGAGUUCACUUUUUAGCAUCACAUUCUUCCGGACAAGCUUCUGUUUUCAUGAAAGGAAGCUUGUUGAUGAAGUGAUUUUAUGUUUUCUCUGUGUUUUUUGACAUGUUUCUUUUCACAGCAUCACAAACCCAUUGACUGCAUCAUCUCCAUGCAAUCCAAGGAAAAGGAUACACAGUCUCUGCAGAAGCUUCCAUUCUUGGUUCAUUAAUUCAGGUGUCAUUUUAAUCCGCUACUGCUAACAAGAAACACGAGUAAUACAUUCCCUCAGAGUGAAGCUGGAUCAAGUCAUCUUGCUAUGCCUGUGCCAGUCACUUUUCUUCCAGAGCGAGGGGCCAAUGAAGGCAUGUCGAUGCGUCACUGUGCUACAGAGGGUUGUCUGAAGAUCGAAGCCUCUUCAACAGGACGUGAAUGUACCAUUGUUUAGGCUUGAAAGAGGGCAUAAUGUCUAAACAUGGUUUUCCACCGUCACUUAAAGCCUUGUCUAGCGAAAAAGCACUAGUUAUGCGGCCCGUUUCCCUGCUGAGCCAAAGAAUGACCCAAUACCAUCAACUAUCCACUUUCUCUCCAUGCAAUAACAAACAGCUUCAGUGAGGAUCAUCUUUUGCUGCUUCCCAAUCUACCAAAACUUCGUUUGUCUGCUAAACACCACACAAUGACACAGGGAAUACAUUUGUCACCAGUACUGCACUGCAUGUAAGCUGACUCUUACAGUGCAUUACAUGGUUAUUUUUAAAAUCUUUAACUUGCUCCAUAGGAAUUACAUUUAUAGCAGAAAUUGCGUUCAUCAGAUGUUGAUUAGUGCGUUAUCGUGCUAUAAGGCGCACCUAAAUCUCUGAUUAGAUGGGAGAGAUAUUUUUUUUAUAUAUAAUGUAGUUGUCCUGAAGUUUAAAAAUUAAAAAUUUCACUGGACCAACAGCAGUCAGAUGUGUUUAGCUCUGUGUCUGGGACAGGAUGUGACAGCUUUGGGUCUUACACGUGAGAAGGAACACAUCACCAGCUCACAAGUUGUGUCUUAGAGUAAAACUGUCCAGCAUAGCAAAAAGGACUCCUGUCAUUAAAACUGUCCUACAUCCUCGAUGUGCGUAUGCACACACACAGACACACACACGCACGCACACACACACGCAUUAAACACACAAUAUACAAAACACGCAGGUUCAAACACAUAAUCCACAUAACCAGGUUAAAGUUUUGGGGGGGGAAACCUCUUCAUCAUCCAGUGUGUAUGAGUUGUGUAAAUGUAACAGAAAAAGAAAUGAAAAAAAAAAAGAAAAUGCAAGUGAUUGACUAUUAAGACAAAAUGUAGUGUUAUACAUGUAAAUGUGAUUCAUUAAAAUAACAGCAUUGGGAAACAUUAAAUAAUAGAUACCAUAUCUUAUGAAUUUCAUUGCAAUGGAAUUGUCAGUGUAUCAUAAAAGCGUGACGUAAUCCCACGCUGUCAGAUUUGUAUAUGAUGAUGUAAUUUAAAGAUUAUAUUCUAUUGUAACUGUACAACUGUUGAGUUGAGAAUUGAGACCUGACCAUGUUGAGGCAGUAAAAAGGUGUACAUGUAAAUGCUUUUUUUAUGUUUAUCUUUUCCUUAUGCACACAGGGGACAGCAGCUCAUGUUGUGGAAACCCUAUAUUAGCGGUCUAGAAGAUGUAUGUUCAUAGUUAGUGAUGUACUUUUAUCUCCUAACUGGUGUAGUGCCUGUUCAUCUUGAUGUAACAAGAAGUUCAUUUAAAUAUGCAUAAAGAUGAUAAUGAUCACAGAUAAUGACGAUAGUGAUGAAAAACUAGACUCAAAUUUGUUGUGAUGGUGUCAAUAUUGCGAUAUUGGUUUGAAAGGGAAACAAGUUUGUUGAAAAAA